AUGAGACUGGAAGUCCUGCCCAAGCCGUGGAACGGAUCAUUUGUCCAGGCCAGAAAGUGGAUGAGCCAAAAUCUUCACUGCAUCAGCUGGUUUCUGCAGCAAAUUAUGCUUCUGUGGCAUGAAUCUUACAAAGACGUUCGUCUGAUUGAUGUGGCGUUCUUCCACGGCAGAGAGAAGUGCUUUGAGCUUUCUGAGUUUCAGCAGAUUAUCACCGAACAGAUGGAGCUCCAUAAAAACGUCCUCCUCGAUACUUGGUUUCUUGAUGUGAAGUACAUUUUCGAUGAGGGUGGCUUGCCCUGCCAGCUGCCUUCACUCAUAAAGACGGGUCAACUGGAGUCUUUCUUCAACUGUGCAGCAACUCUGAUGACUCUGCAGCUGCAGAAACUUACUCUCAGCUCACUAAGCGACUACACAAGUCUCAUUUCUAAGGAUAUGCACUCAGACAGAUCCAGAAAGACGUCAGGCUUUGUUGUACAUCUGAUCUUAGAGGACACUGACAUCAAGUUUGAGCCAGACUUCAGGGAGUAUGAGGAGGCCCUUAUUGCUGUGUUUGAGCUCAUGCUGAGGACCACCAGUGAUAUGCCACGGAUAGAAACCAAACUCUUUGUGGAUUGGGUAAGAAUAAAACAUUUAGCUGCUUUGAAGCCCAUCAUCCUUCCAGAGAUCAUACAAGCCCAGCAGGAGGAGGUACGCAGGGCUUUCUGGGCUGAGACAAUACGACCCAAAGAGUACAUCCACCAGUAUGACCAGUAUGCCAUGCUGGUGACCGGGAAGGCAGAGGAGAAGGUGCAGCAUUUCCUCAGUCAACAGAAAUCCUUCCAUGAGAUCAUGGAAGAGGCAAUCUACUAUCAGAAACUUGCUAAUGAGAUUAAGUUCACAUCAUCCCCGGUAGUUCGGCUCGGCAUGUUUGAGGUGCACUCCCACCGACUCCUCGGCUCUCUGGUCGAACGUGCUCAGGAGCUGAAUCAGAAACUGACGACAAAGAUGUUACAGGACCAUCAGGGGAUCAACAGAAGGCUCUGCACUGAUUUUGAGAAGAUUUCAGAGAAGGCUCUGAGUCCCCCAGCUGAUACUCUGACAAUGACGGAGCUAAAGAGCUCCAUUAAGAAGAUUUGGGCCACAGAGAUACCUCUUCUGGGUCAGCGGCUGGCUGACUCUAAAAGACUGCUGUGUUCUAUGUUAGACAUUGCGACUCUUUCGCCGGAGCACAAGCAGCUCCACAACCAAACCGUACACUGCUUCCAGCGUAUGCCGUCAAUAUUAGAGCAACACCAGCAGAUCGUUGAAGAGAAGACGGAGUGUUUCCAGGUUGCUCUCAAGGUCGAACGGGUGGAAUUCACAAAGAAAGUGGAAAACUACAGCUUGGAGAUUGAGACGUUUCUUGGUUACGAUUACCUGUUGGAUCUCAACGAGUAUCUGACGCAUGCAAGGGACCUUAAUGCAAGGCUGGAAUUGGACAGAGAGAAGAUUAACCAGUUUAAUCUGGAGGAGGAGGCCUUCGGCUGGCCUGUGUCCCAGUAUCCCCAGUGGACACAGAUCCAGGAGAGGCUGACGCCAUUUCUACGCCUCUAUGAGACAGCCUCUGACUUCCUGAGAAGCCAUGAACAGUGGCUCCAUGGGCCCCUCUCUGCUGUCAACCCAGAUAAGGUGGAAGCUGACAUUGAAAACCACUGGCGGACUUUAUACAAGCUGGAGAAAAGCUUCAGUGAGGCGCCCAAUGCCCUGAGGAUGGCCACCACUGUGAAGGCUAAAGUGGAGGGCUUUAAGGAGCUCGUUCCCAUGGUGCAGGUGUUGUGCAACCCAGGCCUACGCACGCGCCACUGGGACGCCAUGUCCGAGCUGGUUGGGUUUCCUCUGCACCCCGUCAAUGAGAAGACAUGCGUGGCUCAGUACCUGGACAGGGGGCUGGAGACACAUCUGAGCAGCUUUAACAGCAUCAGCGAGUUGGCCAGCAAGGAGCACUCUCUGGAGAAGGCCCUGGAGAAGAUGUACAGCGAGUGGCGUGACAUGAAGUUCAGCCUGAUGGCGCAUCGAGAAACAGGGACCUUCAUCCUGUCCUCUGUGGAGGAGAUCCAGCUGCUAAUGGAUGAUCAAACUGUGAAAACACAAACCAUGAAGGGCUCGCCUUUCAACAAGCCUUUUGAGGAGAAGAUACGAGAGUGGGAGGCCAAGCUGCUGCUCCUGCAGGAGAUCCUGGACGAGUGGUUAAAGAUGCAGACCAACUGGCUCUGCCUGGAGCCCAUCUUUAGCUCCCCAGACAUCAUGGGGCAGAUGCCAGAGGAGGGACUCAGCUUCAAAACCGUGGAUAAAACAUGGAGGGAGUUAAUGAGGCAGGUUUCCCAGGACAGGCAUGUUUUAGCUGUGAUGGUGAUUGAAAAGGUGCUGGAGAAGCUAAAAAGGUCCAACCAAAUCCUUGAACGUAUACACAAAGGGCUCAAUAACUACCUGGAGAAGAAACGUCUCUAUUUCCCUCGAUUUUUCUUCCUCUCCAAUGAAGAACUUCUGGAGAUCCUCUCAGAGACCAAAGACCCUACAAGAGUGCAGCCUCAUCUGAAGAAGUGCUUCGAAGGCAUUGCAAGUGUGGUGUUCACUGACACACUGGGUAUCAGCCAUAUGAAGAGCAGUGAAGGUGAAACAGUGCAGCUCCUGAACAUAAUCUCCACCUCCAAAACCAGGGGUCAGGUGGAGAAAUGGCUUCUUCAACUGGAGAAUAGCAUGGCUGUGUCCUUAAAAAAGGUAAUCAAAGAUGCAAUCAAGGCCUACCCAGAUGAAGAGAGGAGGAACUGGGUCCGCGCCUGGCCAGGCCAGACUGUGCUGUGUGUCUCACAGGUCUACUGGACAAAGGAUAUCCAUGAGGCUCUUGGUUCAGGACCAAAGGCCCUGGAUGCCUACCUGGCACAGAACAACAGACAGAUAGAUGACAUUGUGGCUCUGGUUCGUGGAAAGCUGUCCAAACAAAACCGGGUGACUCUUGGAGCUCUUGUGGUGCUGGACGUCCAUGCCCGUGACGUUUUGGCCACAUUGGUGCAAAAAGGAAUCAGUGACGAAAAUGACUUUGAGUGGCUGAGCCAGCUGCGCUACUACUGGGAGGAUGAUAAUUUGCAGACAAAGAUGAUCAAUGCUGGUUUACCUUAUGGCUAUGAAUACCUGGGCAACACUCCAAGGCUGGUUAUUACUCCCCUCACUGACCGCUGUUACCGUACUUUGUUUGGUGCCCUUCAUCUCCAUUUGGGAGGGGCCCCUGAGGGCCCAGCAGGCACAGGAAAAACGGAGACCACCAAAGACUUGGCCAAAGCAGUGGCUAAGCAGUGUGUGGUUUUUAACUGCUCCGAUGGGCUGGACUACAUAGCAUUGGGCAAAUUCUUUAAAGGCCUCUUGUCCUGUGGAGCUUGGGCCUGCUUUGACGAGUUUAACCGCAUCGACCUGGAGGUGCUGUCCGUGGUCGCCCAGCAGAUUCUCACCAUUCAGAGAGCAAUAAUAGAAAACAAAUUUGUUAUUUUUUUAUUCUCUCCAAGAGAGAUUCACAGAAUUACAUACCUCUCUCUAUUAUGUCACACGCCUUUCUCAUAUAAUACCUCUUUGCUUCCUCCCUCUUGUUUUUCUCCUUUCUCCUUCUGGUGGCCUCUUCCUCUGGAUGUUUCUUCCCUGCAGUCGGCUUUUCCAGACGAGAACGAGGACACACUGUUGCUAAGAUCCAUCAUCGAUGUCAAUCUGCCAAAGUUCCUGGCCCAUGAUCUGAAGCUUUUUGAGGGUAUUACCUCUGAUCUCUUCCCGGGUGUUAAAGUCCCAGAACGGGACUAUCACAUUCUCAUGGAAGCCAUUAAGGAAACCUGCCAGCUCAUGAACCUUCAACUGAACAAGUUCUUCACUGAGAAAAUCCUGCAGAUCUACGAGAUGAUGAUCGUAAGGCACGGCUUCAUGAUAGUUGGUGAACCAUUUGGAGGGAAAACCAGUGCCUACCGUGUGUUGGCUGCAGCUCUUUGUGACAUCUUUGAAAAGGGUCUGAUGGAUGAGAACAAGGUCCAGAUUACAGUAAUAAACCCCAAAUCUAUAACCAUGGGAGAGCUGUACGGCCGCUUUGACCCCAUCACUCAUGAGUGGUCCGAUGGCAUCCUGGCUAUCAGCUACCGAAACUUCGCCUUGUCCAAGAGCCCUGACAGGAAAUGGCUGGUCUUCGAUGGUCCAGUCGAUGCAGUGUGGAUCGAGAACAUGAACACAGUGCUGGAUGACAACAAGAAGUUGUGUCUGAUGAGUGGGGAAAUUAUUCAGAUGUCGCCUCAAAUGAACCUCAUCUUUGAGCCGAUGGAUCUGGAGGUGGCAUCUCCAGCCACGGUGUCUCGCUGCGGUAUGAUCUACUUGGAGCCCCACAUGCUUGGCUGGAGACCCCUCAUGCUGUCUUGGCUCAACACUCUGCCAGCUGCAGUCAAUGAUUCGCACAAAACCCUCAUCACCGCCCUGUUUGACCGCACACUGCCUGCCUGCCUGCAACUCAUACGAAAAGCAACCAAGGAGCUGUCCCCGACCUCCGACACCAAUCUGGUGAAGUCCCUGAUGAAUCUGAUGGACUGCAUGAUGGAUGAGUUUCAUGACCAAGCAACAAUUAACAGCAUGAGUGAAAACUAUAUUUGCUCCUGGUUGGAGGGUAUCUUUGUGUUCUGCCUGGUGUGGUCAGUGGGGGGCAGCUGUGACGAUUUGGGCCGAGUGAAGUUCGACUCUGUGCUGAAAGAGAUGCUGAGGGGCCCUUUGAGCAAAGAGACGAUGACCCGACAUGGCAUUUUGAGCGGUGCUGACGCUCCAGCCAAACCGCUGAGAGUUCGUCUCCCCGCCAAGGGUACACUCUACCAGUAUCGCUUCAUUAAGGAGGGCCCAGGCAGAUGGGAGCUUUGGACUGACCAGCUACAGACUGCACCCCCCAUACGCAGAGACAUGCAGUUCAACGAGAUCAUCGUGCCCACCGAGAACACCGUACGCUACAUGGCGCUGAUGGAGCUCCUCGUUACUCACCAGAGGCCGACUAUUUUCAUCGGCCCCACUGGCACCGGGAAGAGUGUCUACAUCACUACAUUCCUACAUAGCUCUCUGAAGAUCCCAGGUGGGGGAAGGAAUCCUGUCACCCCUCGUUUCCUGCGCCAUUUCAACCUGAUCAGCAUCAAUGAAUUUGAUGAGCAGACCAUGCAUACGAUCUUCUCCAGGAUCACUAGGUGGCAUUUUACCACACGGUUUUCCUUUCCGAAGCCAUUUGCAUCCCUGAUCCCUGAGAUAGUCGGCAGUACUCUGUCUAUGUACCAGGAGGUGACCAACAACCUGCUACCAACGCCAAAAAAAUCCCAUUAUUUGUUUAAUCUGCGUGAUGUUUCCCGAGUCAUCCAGGGUAUCUGCCUGUCAAGGCCAGAAACAGCAGAGAAGCCUUCUGUCAUCAGAAGACUUUGGGUCCAUGAGGUUCUCAGGGUGUACUGUGAUCGGUUGGUUGACGAUGCUGAUCGCUCCUGGCUUGUCAGCCAUCUGCAGACUGUGUUUCAGAAUCACAUGAAGGAAGACUUUCACCAGCUCUUCCAGCACCUGGAUCAGGACCAGGAUGGAGUGGUGACCGAAGACGACCUGCGCAGCCUCAUGUUCUGUGAUUUCCAUGACCCCAAGGGUGAAGACCAGAACUACCGUGAGGUCCACGACCUGGAGCAGCUGCGUCAGGUGGUGGAGUCGCACCUGGAAGAAUACAACACCAUCUUCAAAGCACCCAUGAAAUUGGUGCUGUUCCGCUUCGCUAUCGAGCAUAUCUGCCGCAUUUCUCGCAUCAUCAAGCAGCCGAGCGGGCACGCCCUGCUGGUGGGAAUGGGUGGCAGCGGGCGGCAGUCGCUCACCCGGCUGUCGGCCUACAUGGCAGAGGCAGAGCUGUUUCAGGUGGAAAUCACAAAGACCUAUGGGAUCAAUGAAUGGCACGAUGACCUUAAGAAGAUUCUCAGGAAGUCUACCGAGGGCGAAGCUCAUGGCGUGCUCCUCUUCACCGACUCUCAGAUCAAGAUGGAGUCCUUCCUGGAGGAUAUUGGCAACCUGCUCAACACUGGAGAGGUCCCCAACCUGUUUGCUGUGGAUGAGAAGCAGGAAAUCUGUGAAAGGAUGCGUGUGCUGGACCGCCAACGCGAUCGAGCCAAGCAGACAGAUGGCAGCCCAUUGUCCCUGUUCAAUAUGUUCUUAGAGCGCUGCCGCACACAGCUGCACGUAGUGCUGGCCAUGAGCCCAAUCGGAGACGCCUUCAGGGACCGCUUAAGACGAUUUCCCGCCCUCAUUAACUGCUGCACCAUUAACUGGUUUCAGUCUUGGCCUGAGGAUGCCCUGCAUGCCGUGGCUGAUCGCUUCCUGGAGGACAUUGAGAUGGCUGAUCGGACCCGAGAAGGCUGCAUCCACAUGUGCAAGAUAUUUCAUACAUCUGCUAUUGAUGUGUCGGCUCGCUUUUUAGAUGAACUACAGCGCUACAACUAUGUCACUCCAACUUCUUACCUGGAGUUUAUUUCUAACUUCAAAGCACUGCUGGGGACAAAAAGAGAUGAAGUGUUGAAACUAAAACAUUGCUAUGCAGUUGGUCUUGAAAAGCUGCAGUCAGCUGCAGACCAAGUGGCGACCAUGCAGGUCGAACUGGAAGCCCUGCAGCCAGACCUACUGGUGGCCAGCAAACAGGUAGACGAGAUGAUGGAGUUGAUCAAACUUGAGUCCAAGGAGGUAGCUGAGACAGAGAAGGUGGUGAAGGAAGACGAGGCUGUGUCCAACCAACAAGCCAUGGCUGCCAAGGUCAUAAAGGAUGAGUGCAACGCCGAGCUGGCUAAAGUACAGCCUCAACUGGAUAAAGCCCGGGAAUCAUUGAAUACUCUAACUCCUCAGGACAUGACGCUGUUGAAGUCCAUGAAAAACCCUCCCCCAGCUGUCAAGCUGGUUAUGGAGGCGAUUUGCAUUCUUAAAGGAGUCAAGCCAGAUCGAGUGCCGGAUUCCUCAGGUUCUGGUAGAAUGGUGGAGGACUACUGGGGUCCGGCCAAAAAGCUUUUGGGAGAUAUAAGGUUUCUACAGAGCCUCCAUGAAUACAAUAAGGACAACAUUCCAGCAAACCUAAUGGCCAUCAUCAACCAGAAGUACAUCGAUAACAAAGACUUUAAGCCAGAAAAGAUCAGAGUUGCUUCUGCUGCAGCGGAGGGAAUCUGUAGCUGGAUCAUCGCCAUUUCCCAUUAUGACGUUGCAAUCAAGAAAGUGGCUCCAAAAAGGGCAAAGCUUAAAGUGGCUGAAGAAGAGCUGCGGGUUGCUAUGGACGCCCUCCACAUUAAGCAGGCUGCCCUCAAAGAAGUCCAAGAAAAGCUUGCAAAGCUCCAAGAUACUUUAGAGAAAAAUAAAAUCAAAAAAGCUGAUCUGGAGCAGCAGGUGGAUCUGUGCAGUAAAAAACUAGAUAGAGCUGAGCAGCUGAUUGGAGGCUUGAGUGGAGAGAAGAUCCGCUGGAGUGAGAUGGCUCUCAGUCUGGAACAGCUCUUUGACAACCUGACUGGGGACAUCCUCAUAUCAGCGGGCAUCAUGACUUACCUGGGAACCUUCACCUCCAAAUACAGACAGGAUCAGGUGGAGAAAUGGAUCGAUCUGUGUAGAAGCAUAGAGAUACCGUGUUCUUCCAACAUGUCCCUCGUGAACUCGCUGGGUGACCCAGUAAAGAUCCGGGAAUGGACCGCCGCUGGCCUCCCUUCAGACAGCCUCUCUAUAGACAACGCUAUCAUCAUAUCGAAUGCCAGGCGAUGGCCCCUGAUGAUUGACCCGCAAGGCCAGGCCAACAAGUGGGUGAAAAACAUGGAGAAAGCCAACAGCCUGCAUAUCAUCAAACUGAGUGACUCAGACUUUGUGCGAAGUCUGGAAAACUGCAUCCAAUUUGGAACUCCAGUGCUGCUGGAGAACGUUGGUGAAGAACUGGACCCCAUCCUGGAGCCUCUCCUGCUCAAAAAGACCUUCAAACAGGGCGGGACUCUGUGCAUCCGACUGGGAGAUAAAACUAUAGAGUAUGCUGCUGAUUUCCGCUUCUAUAUCACCACAAAGUUACGCAAUCCUCACUAUUUACCUGAGAUCUCAGUGAAGGUGACACUGCUGAACUUCAUGAUUACCCCUGAGGGCAUCCAGGACCAGCUGCUGGGAAUCGUGGUGGCUCAGGAAAGGCCAGAUCUGGAGGAGGAGAAACAAGCCCUCAUCCUCCAGGGAGCAGAAAACAAAAGACAGCUGAAGGAGAUAGAGGAUAAGAUCCUGGAGGUGCUCUCCUCCUCAGAGGGCAACAUUCUAGAGGACGAAAAAGCCAUUAAUGUCCUGUCCAGCUCCAAGCUUUUAUCCAAUGAAAUCACAGAAAAACAGGCCGUGGCUGAAAAGACCGAGCUGAAGAUUGAUAAGACCCGCAUGGACUACAAACCCAUCGCCGUUCACUCUUCCAUCCUGUUCUUCUCUAUUGCUGACCUGGCUAACAUCGAGCCCAUGUACCAGUACUCCCUGACCUGGUUUAUUAACCUCUUCAUCAGCUCCAUCGACGGCUCAGAGAAGACCGAAGACGUUGGACAGAGACUGCAGAUCCUCAGAGACCAUUUUACCUACACGCUGUACGUCAACGUGUGCCGCUCUCUGUUUGAGAAGGACAAGCUGCUUUUUUCCUUCUGCCUCAGUGUCAAUCAGCUCAUGCACAACAAGCUGGUGGAGGAGGUGGAGUGGCGCUUCCUUCUUACAGGCGGCGUAGGCCUGGACAACCCUCACACCAAUCCCUGCAGCUGGCUUCCUCAAAAGUCUUGGGAUGAAAUCUGUCGUCUAGAUGAGAUUGAAAGCUUCAGAAACUUCCGUCAGGAUUUUAAUGAACACCUCAGUGAUUGGAAAGAGGUUUAUGAGAACCCGAACCCCCAUCAGACUCCGUUCCCGGGUAUGUGGCAGGAGAAGCUGAGCCGCUUUCAGAAAAUGAUGGUGAUCCGUUGUCUCAGACCCGACAAGAUUGUCCCCAUGGUGCAGGAGUUUGUAUCAGACAAUUUGGGCCAACCCUUCGUCGAACCGCCGCCCUUUAACCUGAGCACAGCCUUCGCAGACAGCCACUGCUGCUCUCCCCUCAUCUUCCUCCUAUCUCCAGGCUCAGACCCCAUGGCGGCUCUGCUUAAAUUCGGAGAUGAGAAGGGCUUCUCUGGUAACAAGCUGACCUCCCUGUCUCUGGGCCAAGGACAGGGGCCCAUAGCCAUGAAAAUGAUCCAGACAGGCAUUAAUGAUGGCACCUGGGUGGUUCUGCAAAACUGCCACUUAGCUACUUCAUGGAUGUCAACACUAGAGAGCGUUUGUGAGGGACUGGGACCAGACACCACCCACCCAGACUUCAGACUGUGGCUGACCAGCUACCCCUCCUCCACCUUUCCUGUGACUGUUCUCCAGAACGGAGUUAAGAUGACCAACGAGGCUCCGAAGGGCCUCCGCUCCAACAUCGCCCGCUCCUUUUUGAUGGACCCCAUCUCCGAUCCAGAGUUCUUCAACAGCUCCAAAAAGCCGGCUGUGUUCAAGAAACUGCUGUACGGCUUGUGUUUCUUCCACGCCCUGACCCAGGAAAGAAGGAAGUUUGGACCUUUAGGAUGGAACAUCCCUUAUGAAUUCAAUGAGACGGACCUGAGGAUCUCUGUGCAGCAGCUGCACAUGUUCCUGGAACAGUAUCAGGAAGUCCCGUUUGAUGCCCUGCGCUACAUGACUGGAGAGUGUAACUACGGAGGACGGGUGACUGAUGACUGGGACAGACGAACUCUGCGCACUAUCCUCUCCAUCUUCUACAAUUCGCACAUAAUAGAGGACCCUGACUACAAGUUUGAUGCCAGCGGGCUUUACGGAGCACCACCAGAGGGCGAUUACAACAGCUACUUAGAGUUUACAAAGUCACUUCCUCUCAACCCGUCACCGGAGAUCUUUGGCAUGAACGCCAACGCAGACAUCGCCAAGGACCAGGCCGAGACGCAGCAUCUGUUUGACAGCAUCCUGCUCACUCAGUCCCGCUCUGCAGGCAGAGACGCCAAAUCCUCCGACGACAUGGUGUUUGAAGUGGCAGCCGAUAUCCUGAGCAAGCUGCCUGCAGACUUUGACUUGGAAGCUGUGCUGAGGCGCUUUCCCACCAGCUACCAGCAGAGCAUGAACACAGUGCUGGUGCAGGAGAUGGGCCGCUUCAACAACCUGCUCUGCACCAUCCGGGAGUCCUGCAUCAACAUUCAGAAGGCCAUAAAGGGCCUGGUGGUGAUGUCAGCAGAGCUGGAGGAAGUAGUCAGCAGCAUCCUAAAGGGUCGUGUUCCCAGCAUGUGGAUGAAGAAGUCGUACCCCAGCCUGAAGCCGCUGGGAAGCUACGUCAACGACUUCCUCCAGAGACUCAAGUUCUUACAGAUGUGGCUGAAGCCCAUGAAGCGGCAGGAUGUUCCUGAGAGGAUGUGCUACCUGGCUCCCGUCUACAAGACAAGCGAGCGGCGAGGAACUCUGUCCACCACCGGACACUCCACCAACUACGUGGUCGCCAUGACGUUGAACUCCGACGUCCCCCCCGAGCACUGGAUCAGAAGAGGAGUCGCUCUGCUCUGUCAGCUCAGCUCGUAGCUGCAGCUUUGUUUCAGCACCAAGGUGUGAAUAAAACGUUUAACACAU